AUGUUGCUGUAUUUGACAUCAUCAUUCAGAUCUCUACCGAGACAAACAAAGGCAGUGCAUGUAUUGCUUAGACCAAUCUUUCGACAAGAGAGCUCCAAAAGCGGCAAACGUGGCGGUCCAGCAAGCGAGAAGCUGAAAGCAAUUCCUUUCGCGCAACACAUCAAAGCAGCCGAAAAGACAUUUGAGGACUACCAUGGCAAAGGAUUUUUUUCCGCCCGUGUCUCAAAGACAUCACCACCAGAGCAAGCGUUUCUGCCCUUCUGGGUCGUAUCGGCCACUGUCCAUGCCACGAUCGAGCAAGCACAAGUGGGCAGAAGAGUUAUGAGAACACGGUACAAUCCUGCUACAAAACGAAAUGAAUCCAUGUGGGAAACAGAUUGGGCCUGGGUACCUGAGAAGCAUAGUUUUACAAGGGAUUACGUACCAUUAGCACAUCCAGGAUUACAAAUCUACGCCUCGCAUAGAUACAGACGUGGCCUGGUGGAUCACAUCACAACAGGUCCAGCAUUAGAGAAUGCUGUGCCAUUCACACCUGCGCUAUUGGAUACAGAUGAUAGGGAUGUCACCCGCAAAGUAGAUCCAUUCAUGAUUUAUCCAAGCACAGCAUUACGGUUUGCAAAGAGCUACAUUCAAGACACAGAGGAGGCACUGGCCGACGAUUUCUUGAGAAAAUUGUAUGGCAUGGAUGAAACGAGACUACUCAAGAUCAAUAUCCAGAUGGAGAAUGUGCGUGUGUCACCAGUCUAUUAUCCAGCAUUCAUCUAUUCGGUCAACUAUCUUGGCAGACGGCUGAGGACAUUCAUCAACGGCUACGAUUUAACAGUUGGAGGCACUAAAAUAUACAAUUGGGAGCGAGUGGCCGUUGUGUCUGCACUUGGCAUGGCGACUGCAAUGGCAUUGACAGGCGGUGUUGGCGUAGGCGGUGCCAGUGGAUCAUUUUGGCUGGGCAUAGUCUUUCCUACAGUCGCAACGUCCUUUUUAGCCAUGUAUUAUCCUAUUUUGUCAUUGUACGUUCGAGAUAUCAUGAGAAAUCAAGAGAUCAAAGCAAUGGCACAAGAUUCGGAUACUUGGGACAGUGACUGGGUGAAGGGGUAUGCCGCUUUUGAGGAUCAAGAAAGACGUCGUACAUGGCGAGAGGAGAAGCAAUCUUCAUGGUACAAUACAUCAUCCAACGAGCAACGCGGUGGAGGCAGCGAUCCCAAAGGAUACUACAAAGCAUUGGGUGUCUCCACGUCAGCAACGCAAUCGGAUAUCCAAAGCGCAUUCAGAGGUCUUGCUAUGAAAUGGCAUCCGGAUCGAUUCACAGAUGCUGAGGAAAAGAAUAAGGCCAAGGUGAAAUUCCAAGCUAUUUCGUCCGCCUACAGUGUAUUACGAGAUGCUAAAAAACGCAAGCACUACGAUCAGACUGGCAGGGAUUAA